CAGUGUGACACAGACCGGAAGUAAAGACAGAGCUAGCAGCGUUAGCUCGGUGCAUGUUAGCAGUUAGCUGGAAGACAGUCGAGUGUUCGUGUCUCGGGUAAAUAUUGACGGAGCAGGGAUGUCUUCGGUCCAGUGCUUGAGAGAGUUCAUCAGUGAGCGACUAACUGCUGCUGCUGAAGAGAUAUUCACAGUGUUUGAAAAAACCAUCGUCCAGUACGAAGAAGAGGUCGCUCGUCAGCGCAGACUGCUGGACGUCGUUUUGAAACCUGAAAUAAAGCUACACAGGAUCGAGCUCCCACAGCAGCAUGCCUGUAAGGAGGAGGAGGUUCUCACUGACCAGCAGCUCUGUAACCAGGAGAGGAACUCCAGUCUGGACCAAGAGAACCCAGAGCCACGACAAAUGAAAGGGGAGCAGGAGGAAAUGUGCAUCAGUCAGGAGGGAGAGCAGCUCGUACUGAAGCAGGAGACUGAUACCUUAAUGUUGACUCUUGAUUAUGAGGAAAGUGACCCCAGAGAACCAGAACCAGACGGUGAGCACCAGCUCCUCUCUCACAACUCUACUGUAGCUGAGAGUCAAGAUCAGAACAGAAGAAAACAUGUGGAUUCAGGAUCAACUAGAAAUGAAGAACCAAACCCACAGAAGAGUCUUCAUGAAAAUAGGAGUCACAGUAAAUAUGUUUACAUAUCAGAAAUUAAUGCUGAUCAUCAAAUGAAAAUACAUCUGAGAAACCGCACAGGUGAGAAACCUUAUUUAUGCAAAAUAUGUCAGAAAAGAUUUAUUGGGAUGGUCUUCUUCAAAAUCCACAUGAGGAGUCACGCAGGUGAGAAGCCAUAUUCUUGCAAAACAUGUGGAAAACGUUUUUCAAACUGUGGGCAUUUGAAAAUCCACAUGAGAAUUCACACAGGCGAGAAGCCAUUUACUUGCCAAACAUGUGCAAAACGUUUUAGAAACAGUGGGCAUUUGAAUGUCCACAUGAGAAUUCACUCAGAUGAGAAGCCAUAUUCUUGCCAAACAUGUCAGAAAAGUUUUGUAGAUAAUAGUCAAUUGAAAAGCCACAUGACAACGCACACAGGUGAGAAGCCAUUUUCUUGCAAAACUUGUGGGAAAGGUUUUGGACGUAGGGGUGAUUUGAAUGUCCACAUGAGAAUUCACACAGGUGAGAAGCCAUUUUCUUGCCAAAAAUGUGGGAAAUGUUUUGGACGUAGUGGUGAUUUGAAAGCCCACAUGAUAAUUCACAGUGGUGAGAGGCCGUAUUCUUGCCAAACAUGUGGUAAAGCUUUUGCACGUAGUAAUGACUUGAAAGCCCACAUGAGAACUCACACUGGUGAGAGGCCAUAUUCUUGCCAAGCAUGUGGGAAAGGUUUUGGUCAAAGAAGCCAUUUGGCAGUACACAUGAGGAGUCACACAGAUGAGAGGCCUUAUUCUUGCCAAACAUGUCAGAGAAGUUUUGGAGAAAGAAGUCAAUUGAAUGUCCACAUGAGAACUCACACAGAUGAGGAGCCUGCAACACAUGAUAAAAGCUUAUCUUAAUUUACAACCAUGAAAAGGCAUUUAAAGAUUCAUACAGGUAAAGAUUUGUGUGUUUACAAAACAAGGCUUUAUAUAAAUUUAGUGUUGUUGAAGAUGAUAAAUUAUCUGGUACUGCAUGGUCAUCCUGCAACUACAGUCUUGUGUGUGGUUUAAUUUUAUAUCUGUAUUUUUUGAUUAAAUCAAUUUUUUUACAAUUUGUAUUACUUCAGUCUGCAGGGGACAAACCAACUCAUAUAUUAGAUCUUCUAUGUGGCUUAAUGAAAUGUACCAUAUUAAUAAACUGGUAUUUUAAUAACUAGAA